AGACGCGGAUUCCUGUUCCGCCCUGGAGGGCUGCUGCGCCUCCUGCUCUGCCUCCUGUUCCGCCCUGGAGGGCUGCUCCGCCUCUUGCUCCGCCCCGGAGGGCUCCUGCGCCUCCUGUUCCGCCUCCUGCUCCGCCCUGGUGGGCUCCUGCGCCUCCUGCUUCACCCUGGAGGGCUCUUGCGUCGCCUGCUCCGCCUCCGGCUCUGCCCUGGAGGGCUCUUGCCCCGUUCGCUUCCCCCGUCCUGUCGGCUCCGCCCCGGCUCCCUGAUUUACCGGUCCUGGCUCAGUCCCCAGGUCCCCCACCACUACAUGGACCUGGCCCUCCAUCGCUCCCCUGUUCCACCUCUGCUCCCCCCCCGCCGCCUUCCAGGACUGUCUGUGUUAUGUCGUUUGGGAGCGUCUGGAAGCCGCUCUUUGGGAGGGGGCUAUGUUAUGGAGUGCCCUUGAACCCCACUAGAGGGCACUCCAGUAUGAACUCUCUUUUGUUUUGUGUCCACUCAACCUACCUGGUUUCACUCUUGUCUGUGUGUCAUGUGCUUAUUGGUUCCACUGUUCCAGGUGUCCGUUUCCCAUUGGUUAGUUUUGUCAUGUGACCCCUUGUGUUUGAUAUAAAAGGCCACUCCUCCCCCCUUGUGUUUGCUGAUUGUUGUUUAGCCUUUAACGUUUCCUGUGUUCCUUGUUCUUGUUUUUCCUUAGCCUAGUCUUUGUGUUUUUGACCUUGGAUUGUUUCUGCAUUUUUCGACCCUUGCUGCCUGCCCCGACCUUUUGAAGCAUAUGAAGCUGGAUUUGCAAAAUAUGGUGCUUUCAUACCUGCACAGAGCUUUGGGAGUAAAUAUUACCUCUGCCACAUAGUGAAGAAAUUCCGUGAUUCUGGAAUAUUCUCCCUGUUGGGUAAAUAGAUGUAAAUUUAUUUAGAUCUAAAAUAAAGGUUAAUGAAUAAACAUUAACUUAAAGAUUGAUGAAUAAUUGGUGGUUGUAUUCAAAAUAUUAUUCAAAAAGUGUUGUGUUGCGGGAAUAUGGAGCAGGAUUUUCUAUUUAAGUCUGACUCAGCUUUGGCAUGUUGUCACUGGAGUGAUCCCAUCCUGGGCCAGCAAAAUUGGGUAGCAAGUGAACCAAACAGGUGAGAGAAAGGCAUUACAAUGAGUAAGAGUACCUGAGCAAAUAAUAAAUAAUCUGUGUAUUAAAGGUUUGGUUGUCUUUUAGCUUUGUGAAAAAGAAGUGUGUUAAAAUGUAUUGAAUAUGCACUUGUAUAUAUACUGUUUAUUUUUAUUUUUUUAAAUCUACACUUGCAGAACCUUUAAAAAUAAGAACAAGCAGGUUGAACAUGAAAGAUUUUUCUCAGUUUUUCCUGAACAUUUUUUUCAACAGUAAAACUACACAGAUUGAGUAAAUACAUUAACAGUUGCUGUUACAAUUUUGUGAUGGCAAAUAUUCUGUUUUAUGUUCAAAUUUGUUUUAUCUAUAUUCAAACAAUGGAAAAAAUGUCAACCUCCCUUAUCUGUAGAGACAGAUGACAACCCAUCAACAUCAGACACUCUUCAGGUCAGCCCUUUGACUAAUUUGGCAAAAAGCUGAGCAAUUUUCUGACCAGCCGCCCCAUUAUCAGCCAAGUGUUUAUGCUUUUAACUUGAGCCUAAUUAGUACCCUUUUGAAUCGACUUAAUCAAACUAAGCAAAGGCUUCAUAUUCCAAACUCUCUACCAUGGCCAAGACCAAAGAGCUGUCCAAGGAUGUCAGGAACAAGACUGUAGACCUACACAAGGCUGGAAAGGGCUACAAGACCAUCACCAAGCAGCUUGGUGAAAAGUUGACAACAGUUGGUGCAAUUAUUCACAAAUGGAGGAAACACAAAAUAGUUGUCAGUCUCCCUUGGUCUGAGGCUCAGUGCAAGAUCUCACCUCGUGGAGUUUCAAUGAUCAUGAGAACGGUGAGGAAUCAGCCUAGAGCUACACAGGAGGAUCUUGUCAAUGAUCUCAAGGCAGCUGGGACCAUAGUCACCAAGAAAACAACUGGUAACACAACGCAGUGAAGGACUGAAAUCUGCUCAAGGAAGCACGUAUAGGUCCGUCUGAAGUUUGCCAGUGAACAUCUUAGUGAUUCAGAGGAGAACUGGGUGAAAGUGUUGUAGUCAGAUGAGACCAAAAUUAAGCUCUUUGGCAACAACUGAACUCGCCGUGUUUGGAGGAGGAUGACCCCAAGAACAACAUUCUCACCGUCAAACAUGGAGAUGGAAACAUUAUGCUUUGGGGGUGUUUUUCUGCUAAGGGGACAGGACAACUGCACCGCAUCAAAGGAAUGAUAUACGGGGCCAUCAGGGCCAGGGCAUUGAAAAUGAGUCAUGGAUGGGUAUUCCAGCAUGACAAUGACCCAAAACACACGGCCAAGGCAACAAAUAAGUGACUCAAGAAGAAGCGCAUUAAGGUCCUGGAGUGGCCUAGCCAGUCUCCAGACCUUAAUCCCAUAAAAAAUCUGUGGAGAGAGCUGAAGGUUUGAGUUGUCAAAUGUCAGCCUCAAAACCUUAAUGACUUGAAGAGGAUCUGCAAAGAGGAGUGGGAUAAAAUCCCUCCUGAAAUGUGUGCAAACCUGGUGGCAAACCACAAGAAACAUCUGACCUCUGUGAUUGACAACAAGAGUUUUGCCACCAAGUACUAAGUCAUGUUUCGCAAAGGGGUCAAAUACUUAUUCACUCAUUAAAAUGCAAAUCAAUUUAUAACUUUUUUGAAAUGCAUUUUUCUGAGCUGAGAUUAGGAGCACUCUUUUAAAUGGAGUGCUCUUAAUCUCAGCUUGUUACUUGUAUAAAAGACAUCUGUCCACACAAUGAAUCAGAUUCCAAACUCUCUACCAUGGCCAAGACCAAAGAGCUGUCCAAGGAUGUCAGGAACAAGACUGUAGACCUACACAAGGCUGGAAUGGGCUACAAGACCAUCGCCAAGCAGCUUGGUGAGAAGUUGACAACAGUUGGUGCGAUUAUUCACAAAUGGAAGAAACACAAAAUAGUUGACAGUCUCUCUUGGUCUGAGGAUCAAUGCAAGAUCUCACCUUGUGGAGUUUCAAUGAUCAUGAGAACGAAUGUCGUUGGGGUGUGUGCCGUAUGCACCGCACGUCUAUGACAUCACUAAAUAGUUUCACUAUGACACUGCAGGAUGGAGUUUCCUCUGGAAUAAAAGCAGGCUUGUUUACCGAGCAAAAUUUUCAUUUCAUCUUUUGGCUUUGAGACUUGAGGCCUGCUGAGGAGACAACAACAAUGCUGAAGCAAGAGUUCAUGCCAUACUGGAACCUCAGUGUCACAGUGUUGCGGGGAAAAUUCAAUCGGUCGUAUGACCUUUUUUCUAAAUGUGACUGCUACGUCGUGUUAAAGUUACCCACGGCCUGUGCCUGCUGCCAUCGCACCAAGACUGUAAAAAACAAAAAUUCACCAAAAUGGAAUGAAACGUUUCAUUUCAGAGUGCACAGCGGUGUCAAGAACAUUCUGGAAUUCCACAUAUAUGAUGCUGACAAGUCAACAAAAGAUGAUUACUGCUCCACCAUCCUGUUUGACAUUAAUAACCUCACACCUGGAGAAAAGCUUAAAAAAUGCUUUAUUACAGAGGAUAAGAAAAAGAGUGAGCUGUGGGUUGAGUUUGAGAUGACUGCGAGCUCUGAUAAGCCUGAACCGUACCUCUCUAAUGGAGUGCUGAUGGCAGGUCCCUUCUGUGCACUGGAUGUCAAGGUGGAAAAAUGUCUAAAGACUAAAGAUGCUGCAUUAAGAACAGGGCAAAAAAUGAUGUGUUUCCCAGUGUUUAAAUCAGCGGAGAAGGACAUGAUGUUAAAACUGCGAGGCGCACAUAAGGAAGACUGUUUGAUCCCAUGCUCUGAGGAAAACCCCAGCUGCACUCCGACUUUUCGCUACUACAUUAAUCGAGACGUGGAGACCGAGUUUAUUCUCAUCCCACCAAAAGCAGUGGGAGAAGUGAAUGGGAAAAAUCCAAAGACUGCAAAGAUUCUGUCAUCAGUCCCUAUAAAACCAUUACCAGCCAAACAGCAGAUCAAACUCUCCAUGCCUGUUAAACAGGGUGAAGUGGAUCUGCAACUAAGCACAGAGGCCCGCUCUGAUGAAAAGUUGGAUGUGCGCCUGGGGUUUGAUAUUCCAGUGGAAGAAAAUAAUUUUCUGGCCAUGAGACGAAAAGUCGUAUCACAAGCUCUUCAGAAAGCUUUGAAUCUCAGCUCUCCACCUGAGCCUAGCAAGGUCCCAUUGGUGGCUGUGGUGUGCUCUGGGGGCGGGACCAGGGCGAUGAUUGGCACAUUUGGAGGCCUAAGAGCUCUGCAGAAACUCCAGCUUCUUGAUGCAGUCAGCUACAUCACAGGGGUUUCUGGCUCCACCUGGACUAUGGCUUCUCUUUAUGGUGAUGCUAACUGGUCAAACAAUGACAUAAAUGAGGUUAUGGAGUCUGUAAAGGAAGAGAUCUCGAAAAGUGUGUUUAGUGUAUUUUCCCUGGAUCGCUACAAAGAGAGGAUGGAAGAGAGAGAGAAAGAAGGACACCUUGUGUCUCUCAUUGACAUGUGGGGUCUGGCUAUAGAGUACCUCAUACAAGGAAAGAAAAAGAUGGGUACACUAUCUGACCAGCAGAUGGCACUAUCAAAGGGCCAGAACCCUCUACCUAUCUACACAGCUCUCAACAUGAAGAAUGGCAAGACUGCAUGUACCAUAGAGGCUGAAUGGUGUGAGUUCACCCCAUAUGAGGUUGGAUUUACCAAAUAUGGUGCCUUCAUACCUGCACAGAACUUUGGGAGUGAAUAUUACCUUGGUCACAUGGUCAAGAAACUCCCUGAAUCUGGAAUAUAUUCUCUAUUGGGAAUAUGGAGCAGUGUUUUCUCUCUGAGUCUGACUCAGCUUUGGACUGUUGUCACAGGAAAGAUCCCAUCCUGGGCCAGCAAGCUUGGGGAAGACGUGAACCAAACAGAGAAAGGUAAGAAACCAUCAGCGUCAAAAGAACCUGUGCAGCUCUGCCCUAUGACUGAUUUGGAAGAAAAGCUGAGCAACUUUCUGACCAGACGCCCCAUCAUUAGCCAAGUCUUCAACUUCCUUAGAGGCUUCCAGCUGCACAAGGACUACAGUGAGAACUGUGACUUCACCACAUGUAAAGACACACAUCCAGACGCCUUCCCAAACUCCCUGACACCAGCAGACGACAAACUUGACUUGGUGGACAGUGCUUUUGUCCUCAAAUCAGGAUUUCCUCCUUUGUUACGUCCUACCAGACGCGCAGAUGUCAUUCUGUCUCUGAACUACGCUUGGGAUUCAGACCACUUCAAGGUCCUUAAGCAAACACAGGAGUACUGCGCUGAUCGCAAGAUCGCAUUUCCACAGAUCGAUUACAAAAAGUUGGAGUCUGAGCCGAUUAGGGAAGUUUAUGUGUUUGAAGAUAAAGAGAAUCCAGAAGCUCCCAUUGUGAUUCACUUUCCUUUGAUCAAUAUCUCAUUCAAGCAGUUCAAGUCUCCUGGAGUGAGGAGAGAGGGUACGGAGGAGAUCGAGGAGGGAGAUUUUGAUAUUGACUUCACCAGUAUGUUCUGUCCAUUCGGCACUCACAAGCUUA